AUGGCGACGGCUUCCUUACCGACGCUACCACCAUUUCUUCCCACGCCAGGUGCCCCUGCGCAGCCUUGGCUAAGUUGGAAAACGUCGUUUUUCAAUUACCUUGUGGCCAUAGAGGCAGAUGAAAGCUCUCCGAAGCGCAAGCGCGUACUACUGUGGGCGUUGCUUGGCUUGGAAGGCCAACGAAUAGUUUCGACAUUUCCUUCAACAGUCCCCGCCAGCAGCGCGGCCGUUUCUGAAUUUGAUGAGCUAGUAGCGGCACUUGAUGAGCAUUUUGCUGCCAAAGCUAACGUUGUCGUCGAACGCAGGCAAUUUCUCACCCGCGUCCAAUCCCCGGGAGAGAGCGUCCUCGACUACCUUAGCGCUCUCAGACAACUUGGUUCUUUUUGUGAUUUCGGAGAGUCCCUUGAAAACCGCAUCGCGGAAGUCUUUUUGGCCGGUUUAAAUUCAUCGGAGGUACAAGAUCGGGUAAUCCGAGAGUCUGCGGAAGCUGGACUACCCAGCCUCGAACGUAUUGUGCUUCUAGCACAGCAGUUCGAACAGGCGUCUCGAGAUUGCGAUCGGUACCGCCAAUUUCCCUCCAGUUUAUCGCGCUCUGGAACGCCGCACGCCGUUCAGGUCGUACAAGGGGUUUUUAUUCAGCGUGAACAAGAUGGCCGACGAUCGAAUUCGAAUUUGAACAUCCAAGAUCAAAAUGGAGAGCGGCGGUAUGCCAUUUCCAGCUCCCCCGCAAAUGUUUCCUUCUCGCCGCAACACCAGUCGCGCGAGUCGCGCGCACACACCCGCACUUUCGUGAGCCGAGUACCGCGUGAUGCUCCGCCGGGCGCGCGCGCUCUUAGGCACGGGGCAGAGUUAUGUCAUUUCUGCGGUCGCCGACCCCAUUCACGUGAGGAAUGUCCUGCUUCAGGAAUGUCUUGUUUUUCUUGUGGCAAACUAGGCCAUUUUUCAAAUGUUUGCCGGAGUUCUCCUCCAUCGUCCGCUGCCAGCGAUCGUCGUCAGCUGGCCUUUCCGCCGAGACGUGGUCGGGCCGCCGGUCGCCGGUACCAGCGGCUUGGAGUUGGCCGUAACCACUCAACCAGCCAUGAAAGCGUGGCAUUUUCUGACGAAGAGGAGCAGCAGCCGAAAAUUUGCACCGUCGGGUCACCGGAAGUCCUUCCAAAUGGACGCGCCGACAGUCGCCCACGCAAUUUCACCGCUGAUAUUCAGUCGUGGGAUGUUUCCAGACCAAAGUCGGCUUCAAAGAGCGAUCCGCCGAGCUACUUUUCUACGUUGUUCGCAAUGGCCGAUCCCUGCUUGGGACAGAUGCCGUGCAUAAACUUCGUCUCAUUUUGUCGGGUGCUCCACUCAAAUGUUUCCAUGUCAAUUCUGCGGACUCUUGCGCAGCCAUCCCAGGCCAUGUAA